GCAGACAAUUGUUUUUUGAACGGUGAAGAAAGCGUUAGUGGUGUUCAUUAAUUGUAGUUUUAAAAGCGAAGUGGUUUUUGUGUUCUAGUAAGAAUUUGCCAAAAUGAGAUUCUCAUUGAGUUUAUUAAUUGUAGUGGCAGUUUUGUCUUAUAAUAAAGCUGAUGAUUUCGAUUAUCGUUAUCAAUCCAAAUGGUAUGAUAUAAAUGAUCAGUGCAGUUAUAAUCGUCAAUCGCCUAUUGAGUUAAGUUCUGAAGAGGCUGUUAUUACCGGUGACAUACCCGCCCUUCGUUUUUACAACUACAAUUUGACUUAUACCAAACCAGUUGUAGCGUCCAACAAUGGCCACACUGCCAAUUUACAAUUGCCCAAGCCCGAUAGUUAUAUAGACAGUCUGUGGCAAACAUACGAUAGAUUUUUACCCACCAUCUCGGGUGGCUUGCUGUUGGAUGCACGUUUCGUCACAGAGUCUGUACAUUUUCAUUGGGGCUCCAAGGAUACUCAUGGCUCAGAGCAUGUUAUUAACAAUCAACGCUACUCCAUGGAAAUGCACAUUUUACAUCGUAAUACAAAAUAUCAAACUGUAGAGGAGGCCAAAAAACACACAGAUGGUUUAGCUGUAUUGGCUGUUUUCUAUCAUGUUAAGCCAAAUCAACUGACUGCCUUUAAGGGUUUGGAGCAUAUUAUUGAUGCCCUGGUCGGUAUCAAAGAAUUCAAUCAUUCAGCACAAAUAGAAAAUUUCACAUUGUCCGAAUUGUUGGGUGACAUGUCUACUUUGGAAUUUUACACAUAUCAAGGUUCUUUGACCACACCACCCUGUUCACAGGCCGUUCAAUGGAUUGUUUUUCCACAAGUGAUUAAUAUAUCUCAUAACCAAAUUAAACAUUUCCGUUCACUGUCCGACAGUCAUGGUGAAGUACUUGAGAACAAUUAUCGUCAUCUACAGCCUAAAGGGCCAAGGAAAGUGUUCUAUCGUCAGAAGCACAGUUUAAUUGAUGACGUCAUUAGCUCACCCAACUUUUGGACGGUUAUGGAUAAAUUGAAACCACAACCCUGGGAAAGUAGUAUAAUUAUGAAGGCUUUGACCAACAAUAAUAACAACAAUUAAUCAAUCAAUUACAUGCGUUAUGGAUUUGAAGUAUUAAUCUUUCUUUAGACUGAUAAGUAAAGUGUAUGAAAACUGCAGGCAGUCAAUUUUGCUGGUCAUUGAUUAAAAAAAAAAAGAAAAAAAAAGUAUUUGUAAACAUGUCAUUGAAUCAAGAGUUCUAAAAUUGUUAUGUCUUUUUAAUUAAGUAUUAUUUAAGUAAAACGAUUAUUUAAUAAAAUAAUGUAUACGAUUAUGAAACGCAAUGAA